CGCAGGAGCAACUGAUCAAUCGCUUCAUAUACUGUCAUCCAAUUCGGUCUAUAUAUCUAUCUAAACACGUACCAUCUGUGAUUCCCUUGGAUCAAUUCCAUCCCUCCAAGAUUAUUUGAUAACAAAAGUGGUGAAAUUAUGGGCAGUUUUGGUCAAAGUAGCAAUAAUAUCAUCCAGAACCACGACUUCAAAGGUGGGUUACACAAGUGGUACGCAAAUUGCUGCAAAGCCUUUGUGGUGAAUCCAGUGGACAGUAGUCCUUAUGCUUUGAUCACAAACAGAAGGGAAUCUUGGCAAUGCCUGGAGCAGGAAAUCACCGGCCGUGUCUCCAAAGGUUGCAUUUAUUCAAUCCGGGCAUUUGUCACAGUCGCCGGCAAACUUCCGGGGAAGACUAGUGCAGUUCAGGCCACCCUCAGGCUCUCAUACAAACAUUCCGCUACGUGCUAUAUUUCUAUUGGAAGAAAGACCGUUAAGCCAAACUGUUGGGAAGCUCUGGAAGGCACCUUUUCAUUGUCAACAAAUCCCAACAAAGUCGUCUUUUAUCUGGAAGGUGCCGAGCCUGGCGUAGACAUACUCGUUAAAUCUGUCACCAUUUCACCUUCCUCUCCAGCCCUAAAAUCCGACCACACAAAAGUCAACGAUCAAAAGGAGAAAGAAGGGAUUGAAAAGAAACAUGAUAACCAUCAUCUUCAAGCUGCUAAUAAUAUAAUCCUUAACUAUGACUUCUUCCAAGGAUUCCUUAGGUGGGAAACAAAUGGUUGUGAAGGAAACGUGAUUAAAGGAGAUUCAGGAAGCUCAUAUGGUGUGAUUACAAACCACAAGACAAAUUACCAUGGCUUGGUGCAAGAUAUCACCAAUCGUGUUUGUCAAGGUUGCCCUUAUUCAGUGAAGGCUUGUGUUAGAAUUUCAGGUAAUAUUGUGGGAUUUACAGAUAUCCAAGCCACACUAAGACUAGAGUACCAAAACUUGGAUACUCAAUAUCACUUUAUUGGCAGGUAUAUAUAUAUUAUCUAAAUAUGCAUUCUUAAUGAUCAUCUUUUUUAUUUUAUUAUGUUUAGCUAAUAUACAAAGCUUUCAUUUAUUGUCAUUAUUCAUCAUUCAUCAAGUAAACCUUAUGGCAUUGCAUAUAAUUAAUAGAUCAUUCACCCAAUUAUAAAUUAAGCUAGUGCCUUAAUUCGAAAGAUUUGCAACUUCUUUGUGUAACUUUCCGUUGUGUCUUUAUUAAGUUAUCUCUUAAAUUGUUGAGGGGAAAAAAGUCACUAACUUAAAAGUUUAUAAGCGAGAAUAAAUGUAUUUGUUACGUAAAAAAACGAGCACAAUCAAAAUAUAACGUGACUAGAUUUAUAAUUUUUAUCCCAUGCUAAUUCUCAACCUACUUGUAGGAAAGCUGUUUCGACAAACAACUGGGAAAUAUUGGAAGGCACUUUCACCUUAUCUACUAAAGUGGAUAGGGUAUUGUUUUUUCUAGAAGGAUUUCUGGUGGAGUUGAAAUGCUCGUAAAAUCAGUCAUAAUUUCAUAUGUCUUCCCGUCCCAUGUUAUGUGAUGUGACGAGUGGAUUAAUUCUCAACUCUCUCCCAUUUGUUUCAUACCUUCCAAGUC